ACAUCCCAGCUGCUGCAACCCAGGGAGGUACCCCCGUGGACGCGACCUCCCGGGCGGGCUAGGGCGCGCAGCGUCCGGGCUGUGCCAUCGGCCUGGGCGGGAGGGGGGGUUUGAGAGUUCGGACAGAGCCCCCGCGACUUGGGAGGGGCCGUUUAAAGCGAGUUCGGAGCCUGCCUCUCGCCCGAGCCCGGGCUGACCGAGAGCCCCCCACUCGGGGACCUGGGCAGCGUCUCCCCCCCGCGAGGCUCCCCCCCCCGCCCCGAUGGUGGGUCCCAGGGGGUCGCGCGGCCCCUGCUGGGAGGAGGAGGAGUGUCUGGACUACUACGGGCUGCAGUCCCUGCACCGCAUGUUCCAGGUGGUGGGCGCCCAGCUGACGGAGCAGGAGCUGUCCGCACUGUCCUUCCUCCUGGACGAAGCUCUGCCCGCGCCCCCGGAGGGAGAGCCCAGCCCGGCUGCAGCGGGGGCCCCGGGCCGGCCGCCGGCUCGCUCCGGCCUGGAGCUGCUGCUGGAGCUGGAGAGGAGGGGCCAGUGUGACGAGGCCCACCUGGGGCCCCUGAUGCAGCUGCUGCGGGUGCUGGCCCGCCAGGACCUGCUGCCCAGGCUGUCGCUCAAGCGGGCCCGCCCAGUGUCCCCAGAGCGCUACAGCUGUAGUCCUUCUGGGUCAGACGUGGAGAGGCCAGAGGCUAGCUGUCUGGGCCCGGCCGGUCCAACUUCCCAGCGGGCUCAGUGGGAGACAGGUUCACCUCCUGGGAAGAGGCAGAGGAGAAGCUUGGGCCGCUCCAGUGCUGGAGGGAGACGGCGCCGGGGCCCCCAGGGAGUUUCGAGGUCAAAAAAUCUCGUAGCGUCUCCCACUGCAAACAAAGUGACCUGUGACAUACGCCUUCGAGUCCGGGCCGAGUACUGCGAGCACGGGUCAGCCCUGGCCCAGGGGGUGGCGUCCCGUAGGCCUCAGUCGGUGGCCCGCCAGCUGGACCUGUUCGGGCAGGCUAUGGCCGUGCUGAAGUCUCGGGACCUGGGCUCUGUGGUGUGUGACAUCAAGUUCUCUGAGCUUUCUUACCUGGAUGCUUUUUGGGGGGACUACCUGAGCGGGGCCCUGCUCCAGGCCCUCCGAGGCGUCUUCUUGACCGAGGCUCUUCGGGAAGCUGUGGGCCGGGAACCUAUUCGCCUGCUGGUCAGCGUGGACGAGGGCGAUUAUGAGGCCGGCCGCCGCCGCCUGCUGCUGCUGGGCGGCCGGCCGCCCGGGGGGAUGCGGGCUCUGCCACCACGCUGACUCUGGACCCUGCCCAGGGCACUGCUGGCUGCUGCCCUCCCCCACAUGCCAUCCUUAUCCGACUCCUUCCUGGGCCAACUAGGACGCCUGAGGGAGAACCCCAUCCCUGUUGGGGGUGGGGCUGUGGGGCCCAAGAUGCCUGAACCCAGCUAGCCAGGAAUGGUGGGGGAGGGGGAGGAGGAGGGGUCUUCCCUCUGUUCUCCCCUCCUCCCAACAGACACGGGAUAGCUCUCCCAGUGACGGAAAGAGUGUAUGUGCAGGAGUAGCAACUAGAGACCUUCCUUCUUAGGCCUACACGGCCCCAGCCACCCAGACCUUUGUAGAGACAUCCCCCAAGCAGAGCCCCAGCUGGGCCUAGCGUGCCCUCCACACUCUGCCCAGCCCGGAACCCUUCCCCUUUGGACUCCAGGCCUUUCAGCUGGUGGGAGGGUUCUGGGAAGGGCUGGUUAACGUCCGUGGUCAUCCCUGCUCGUGACCACAGGCUUUAGAGCUGGUGAGAACUUUGAAGACCAUCUGGCCCAGCUCCCACAUUUCAUAGAUGGGGAAACUGAGGUCCAGAGAGGGUGGGAGGGAUUAGAUCAAGACGAUGUGGGUUUAGAGGCAGGGCUGUGACUCCUGUCCAAGUCGGCUGGUACCCAAAAUCACAUCUCUUCCAUCAGUCUAGGUGGAGCAGGGACCCAUAGGAAGCGGUGUGGAGUACUAGCUGGCUCAGCAGGCUUUGGUCCAAACCUCUCACCUCCCAAGCCUCAGUUUCCCCAUCUAUAAAAGAAGGGAGUUGAACUCUGGCCAUAGAAGUGCCACCUGUGAGGAAGCAGGACCAGAAGAGAGGAAAGAACUUGCUCGAGGUCACAUGUUUGGGGCCGACUGGUUUCUGUGACAGGCUUUGUGACCUUGGGCCAGUUCUGUCCCACACACAGGAAAAGGGCACCAGUUGUGUGACCCCAAAGUUGUUUGGAUGGCUGGUAAUGGCGAGUCAGGAGGAGGCCUUGUAGGCUCAGGAGGGCAAAGGUGUGUGGCUGGAAACCCCUGGGUGAGCAUAGCGCGAGAUGAAAUUGUCUCGACUUCAGAAAAGCCAGAGGCUACUCUAGGCUUCAGUUUCUGCAUCUGGCAAAUGGGUUGUGUACAUAGACGCCCUCCCACACCCUUUGAAUGCUGAGAGUAAGUUCUGGGCCGCAAACCCAGCUCGCCUCUGCUUCAGGCCACUCACCAAAUGUGUGGUCCAGCCUCGGUGUCCCUUUGGCGUUUUGGCAGAGGGCCUCAGCAUGUAGCGGUCUGUGACCCCAGCCAGUGGGUCCCCACACCUCAGUGAAGCCCAGGGAGCUUUAGCCCUCCAGGGCUCUAGGGGAGGAAGGCCCAGAAACUCCACUGAUCUUCAAAGGGACAGGAUGGAAAGUGGUUUAGGGUUUUUAUACUCCCUUGUCCCAUCCCCCUCCCAAACAUCCAGCCCGCCUCUGUGUGUAAGGGGAGGGAAUGCUGGCGCCUGGGCCUCAGGGGGCAUUUGGGAAUGUGGGUGGGGAACCCUGGCAGGUGGAAGAAGACCACCGGAUAUCAAUAAAGAGGAGGCCUGGGAGAGGCCAAGCUAGGGA